UUUCUACGCGACCUGUCUGCGGCACUUCGAAGCUCGAGGAAGAGACAAUAUAAUCGCUUUUAGCUUUUGGCAUUAAUUUCUUGGCAAACAUGAGACCAGCUCGGAUUCUCGCGGCCGUCGUGGCCAUGUCCUCAGUCACGCAUGCCAUCUCGGAUGCCUUUGACAACAUCCACGGUCUGGCUGACGUCAAGGAGGUGCUUUUUGGACGACAAGACAACAACAACAAUAACAAUAACAACAACGACAACAACAACGACAAAAAAUCGUCAGAUGCCCCAGCGAGCACACCGGCCCCCAAGCCCACGGGUGAUAGCAACAACAAUGACAACAAUGACAACAAGAGCGGUGACAACAACGACAACAAGACCAGCAACAACAAUGACAACAAGAGCGGUGACAAUAACGAUAACAAGACCGCAUCCGACCCUAAAGAGACCGGAACACCCACAGGCAAAGCAUCGGGCAGCAAGACCACCAAGAAGCCAACAAAGUCAACAACCUUCGAUCCCCGACUUCCCGCCGGUGGUAUUACCAUGGUCACUCCGGAUGCUCUUGCUGGUUCACAAUACUACAAGGUUGGCGACUACAUCACGUUCGCUUGGAACUACACAUCCCUCUCCGUCACCCCCACAGCCAUCGACGUCCUUGCUUCCUGCACCGCCAACCAAGCUACAUACACCAUCGCUGUCAACAUGUCUUCCGCCGAGACACAGGUGGUAUGGAACACCAAGGAGACCCCAGAGGGCCAGGCACCCUUCUUGACCGAGAACUACAAGCUCCUCAUCUACGACUCCAACUCGACUGCCACGGCACCAGCGCGGGCUGGUUACUUGGGUGCUUUCAGCGGCUUCACCUUUGGCAUGUACCUGCCCCAGCCAUACACCUCCCUCAAGGAUGGCUGGAACUGCCCCAACUGCAACGCCGCCCUGUCUAAUCUCGAACGAAUGACGCUCACAACCAUGCUCUUCACCUGCGGAACAACAGUCGGCUCGCUAGUGUACUUCACAUACCAAUUUGGCUUGUGGUGAUGAAACAAUCCAGUCUGGCUCGACUUCAUCCCGAUUUAGCCUCUCCGCCACACCCCCCUCCAGAGACGCUCAAACGCAAAGACUCGAUCCUUGGUCGCUUACGAUAACGGCAUUCCUUCUUUACGCUUCACUCCUGUCGAUAUAUCUACGUGUACACACAGCGAAUUCUCAUCACUCCUUUAGAUUACUUGUUUUAAAGAAAAAAAUUGGCGGCACCUUGGUGGGUGUUGCAACGGCCGUUGGUCUCGGUUUAUUGUUGUUUUUUGCCUCUCGACCGACUUGCACAAAGCAGACGACAGAGCCAAGGCAGAUCCCCUAGCCGCACUCCUUUAGUCUUUUCUGAGAGGGGAAGCAAAGCUCAGGGUACCCAAGCAUUCGGCGCUGCAAAGGAGUUUUUUUAUUUAGGUUUGUCAUUUAGGAA